AAAGCAUCAAGUCUGGUUUAUUAUAGAGGUUCUUUCUUUGUGAUUCUUUCUGGUCUUUCAUUUAUUGUGCGCUCAGCUAUUCAACAAUCAACAUGAUACGAUUUAUUUUUGUGGUGCUCCUCUUCUCCUUCGUGUCAAGCGACACUCUUCCACCAAUAAAUCGAUGCGAUUCUCCAGGUGGACGCGCCAUUAACACAACAAUAAAUAAUAGUAAAGCUAUGGGUGGGAAAUACAUUCUGAAAAGAGGAAAAGAAGUUGGAAUUGAUAUUGAAUUAGAAGUUUUUGAGGAUGUCCAAAAAGUAAUUGCUUCAGCUGAAGGAAAAAUAGGUCCAGCUGUACUUCCAUAUCCGAUAUCAGAUCCUAAUGGUUGUACUUCUUUAUCAUGUCCACUUAAAAAAGGGGGACCCUACAAAUAUUCGACAAAGAUGAAAGUUCAACCUUUCUUUCCACCGAUUCCAGUUGAUGUGAUAUGGAAACUUAAAGAUCAAAAAGGAUAUAUUCUUGCUUGUGUUAUAAUUCCCGUAAGAAUUGAGUAAUUAAGUUUUAAAUUGUACCAAAAAAAAAAAAAAAAAAAACAUGAUGCUAAAGAAUAAAAUAAUGAAGUUAUUAAAUAUA